UUCCCACAACAUUCCAAUGCAAUCCUCUCCAUUUCCUUCUUUACAAAUCCUCACAUAAAUCUUUCUUCAUUUCUUCAAACUUUCACAAAAACCCAUGUAUAAAAAUCCAAACUUGACCCAAUUCAUGAAUGCACUCUAACUGUUUGAUAAAAGUCCUCAGAGAGUGGAAAAACUUAAAAUUUUAGUAAUGCCGGCCUGUUUUCUUGCCGGAAAUCCGGUUUUUAUGAUCUUAACUGGCGUUUGGAUUGGUGUAUUGCUGCAAACUGUGUUUGUUCUUGGUGGGUUUCCAGCCACUUUAACAUUGGAAAGAGCUUUUGCUGUGAAUGAUGUUGUUGAAUUAAAUCAACUUAAAUUUAGAGAUAGUUUAAGGCAUUCAAGAAUCUUGCAGCAGCAGCAGCAGCAGCAACCUUCUGUUGCAAGUGUUGUUGAUUUUCCUGUUCAAGGGACUUAUGAUCCUUAUCGCGUUGGGCUUUAUUUUACAAGAGUUCAAUUGGGUUCACCACCAAAGGAAUACUAUGUACAAAUUGAUACCGGCAGUGAUGUGUUGUGGGUCAGUUGCAACCAAUGUAACGGUUGCCCUAAAUCGAGUGGACUCCAAAUUCCAAUUCAGUUCUAUGAUCCAUCAAGCUCAUCGACUGCUUCUUUGGUCUCGUGUUCAGAUCAACGAUGUACUUUAGGAACACAAUCUUCUGAUUCCAGUUGUUCCGGUUCAAGUAAUCAAUGCAGUUACACGUUUCAGUAUGGAGAUGGUAGUGGAACUUCAGGUUAUUAUGUAGCUGAUGAAAUCCAUUUAGAUACAAUUGUUGGGGAUUCAACGUCAUCAAAUGCUUCAGCAUCUAUUGUAUUUGGUUGUAGCACGACUCAAACCGGGGACUUGACCAAAUCUGACAGAGCCGUUGAUGGGAUCUUUGGGUUUGGUCAGCAGGGGCUAUCUGUUAUUGCGCAGCUUUCAUCACAAGGAGUAUCCCCAGAUGCAUUUUCACAUUGUCUUGUUGGAAAUGGCGCGGGAGGUGGUAUUUUGGUUCUUGGUCAAAUAAUUGAGCCAAACAUGGUGUAUACUCCGCUUAUCCCGUCACAGCCACAUUACAACUUAAAUCUGCUUAGUAUUUCUGUCAAUGGACAAACUUUGUCCAUUGAUCCAUCAAUGUUUGCAACAUCAAGUAGCCGAGGAGGAACCAUAAUUGAUUCAGGAACUACUCUUGCAUACCUUGCAGAAGAGGCUUAUGAUCCUUUUGUUGAUGCCAUUACAAAGUUUGUUUCUCAGUCUGUGCAGCCUCUUAUGUCAAAGGGGAAUCAGUGUUAUCUGGUUACCUCGAGUACACCGGAUAUAUUUCCUACUGUAAGUUUGAACUUUGCUGGUGGUGCUUCAAUGAUUUUAAGACCUCAAGACUAUCUACUACAACAGAACUCGGUGGGUGGAGCUUCAGUUUGGUGCAUAGGCUUUCAGAAAAUUCGAGGUCAGGGAAUUACUAUCCUAGGAGAUCUUGUUUUAAAAGACCGUAUUGUUGUUUAUGAUCUGGGUGGUCAGCGGAUUGGUUGGGCAAGUUAUGACUGUACAUCAUCUGUAAAUGUGUCAACUAGCUCAACGGGUGGCAGAAGUGAAUACGUGAAUGCUGGUCAGAUCAGUGGCAGCAGUUCAUUACAACAUACUGACUACAAGCCUAUCAUAAUUGUUGUUGUAGCUUUCAUGCUACACUUAAUCGUAAUUGUUGGUUUUUCCUAGUAAAUGCUAAUAUCGCUAAUUGCUAGAAUUUUUCUAGAGUUGUAUUCUUUUGUAUGUAUAGUUGUAAAAGGGAAUUGUCCAGUGAUAUUAUUUAUGUCGCACCAAAUAGGCUAAUUGGAAUUUGAGAUUUAUACACGUAUACAUAUUUCUUCGUUGUUCAACAAA